GAAACUACAACUCCCAGAGGUGGCCAUGGAAGCAGUCAGGCCCCGCCCAGCGGCCUGUUCUCCCGGCUAGGAGUCGGCUCACUUCCCGGCUUGGGUCCGGGCUUAAGUCUGGGCUCAAGUCCCAGUGCCCGGAGUCACAAGGCCAGUAGAUAGGGCCCCAGAGCCGGCGAGCCCCAUGGAGCUGUGCGCCGGGGACUGCAGCUUUUUUGGAGACGUGGGUUUCUGGGUGGAGCGCACCCCUGUGCAUGAGGCAGCUCAGCGGGGCGAGAGCCUUCAACUUCAGCAGCUGAUUGAGAGUGGAGCAUGUGUUAAUCAGGUCACCGUGGACUCCAUCACGCCCCUUCAUGCUGCCAGUCUGCACGGCCAGGCCCAGUGCGUGCAGCUGCUGCUGGCAGCUGGUGCCCAGGAGGUGGAUGCGCGCAACAUUGAUGGCAGCACCCCUCUUUGUGACGCUUGUGCCUCAGGCAGCAUCGAGUGUGUGAAGCUCUUGCUAUCCUAUGGGGCGAAGGUCAACCCUCCUCUGUACACAGCAUCCCCGCUACAUGAGGCCUGCAUGAGUGGGAGUUCUGAAUGUGUGCGGCUUCUUAUUGAUGUUGGGGCCAAUCUGGAAGCUCACGAUUGCCAUUUCGGGACCCCUCUACAUGUUGCCUGUGCACGAGAGCAUUUGGACUGUGUCAAAGUGUUGCUCAAUGCAGGGGCCAAUGUGAACGCUGCGAAACUGCACGAGACCGCCCUUCAUCACGCGGCCAAAGUAAAGAAUGUCGACCUCAUUGAGAUGCUCAUAGAGUUUGGAGGCAACAUCUACGCCCGGGACAACCGGGGGAAGAAGCCCUCGGACUACACGUGGAGCAGCAGUGCCCCGGCCAAGUGCUUUGAGUACUAUGAAAAGACACCUCUUACACUCUCCCAGCUCUGCAGGGUGAGCUUGAGGAAGGCCACUGGUGUUCGAGGGCUAGAGAAAGUCGCCAAGUUAAACAUCCCUCCACGGCUCAUCGACUACCUUUCCUAUAACUGAGCUGCAAGCAGGGGCUGGAUAGGCUGGUGACUUGCCUGGCUAUCGCCUUGCUGUGCCUACUAGCCUUGGGCCCUAAGGAGUUCUGCCUGUUUCUCUGAAACACUGUCGUUGCUAUAGAUAGAUUGACACUACGCUGUGGGUUUUUUUGGCUGUCCUUUUGACGUCUUCCUCUGAACCCUGGAGAAGAUCUCUGAAGCACCAGGUGGCCUGUGUCUGGCGUCACAGUUGUGGAUGUAACCCUUGCUAGUCUUCUGGAACUAAUUCUGUCAUUCUAGGCUGGGCUCAGUUCUCCAGCUUUCCUCUUGUCACUGACUUCCCUCUAAGACACUCAAGACAGACAGUUCAAGGUGCACAGGGAAUGCUGGGAACUCAGGACACUGAUGCUGAUUUUCCAAUAUCUGGGUGCCAUGCCACAGAAGAAGCAUCAGGUUCUAAGCAUCUGACCCAGUGACCUGGGAUGACCAUUCUGCUGGCAUUUUGCCACUCGGACAGUCUUUCUGGGGUAGCACCUGGCACUUUCCAAGGUCUCCCUGCACCCAGGUAUAUCUCUCAGGGGCUUACAGAUCAGAGUAGAAAAGGCUCAGCCUUUGUACCCUGACAUCUAACAGUGUUUCAUAGGACUCAAUUCUUUUUAAAAAGUUUAUGUUGGAUCUAGAGAGAUAGCUCAGGACCAGAGUUCAGUUCCCAGCACCCACACCAGGCAGCUUACAAUGGUCUAUUACUUCAGCUCCAGGGGAUCCGACACCCUCUUCUGGCCUCCUCAAGUAUUCACACAUAUAUAUGUAUAUACGCUUACACAUGCACACACACAUAGAGAAGCAUACAUAAAUAGUAAUAAAAUCUUUUUAAAAGAUUUAAAAGUUUAUGUUGGAAAACCUUAAGAAUAUGUAUACACACAUAUAUGUAUAUAUAUGUCUCUAUGCAUAUAUGUAUUCUGUAACAAGAUUUAUAAUGAGCCAUGUAAACAAUAUAAACAAUAGGUAAUAUGAAAGCGUGUAUUCCCUUGGGUAGUCAUUUCCAAUGUAAAGGGCUGUUAGAAGACUCUUUGAGACAGGGUCUCACCAUGUGACUCUGGCUGCCCUGAAACUUGCUAUAUAGAUCAGGCUGGCCUUGAACUCAUAGAAAUCCACCUGCCUCUGCCCCUUGAGUGCUGUGAUUAAAGCUGUGCAUCACCAUGCCCUGCUGUUUGAAGGCUGUUUCAGGAUUGUUGUUCAUUUGUUUCUCUGUUUGCCAAACGGAGUCUUCACCCACCCUUUAAAGAUAAUUCCUUGAAGCUGCAAAACUAGUAAAACUGAGUGGCAGCACCGCAGCACCCAUGAAUUUAUUUUUCUUGCUUCUGGAAUGUCUAUCAUACAUAAGAUAUUAGUGCAAGACUUGAAUCAGAUGAGAAUGAGAUUCAUCAGCCAAAUCAGGAAAGGAAAAUGGGCACAGUCCCUUCCUGUAGUAAUAAAAACAAGCCCUACAUUGUGGAUGAAACAACAA